UAAAACCCUCAGUCGUCGUCAUCGUUCCUCUUCAUUCUCCCAGAGUCCCAAUUUUCGUACCGACGAUCCCCUCACUCUCUCUAUCUCUGAUUGCUUCAGUAGUCCUCUUCUUAAUCUGGUAAUUUUCGGUCCUGUAUCGAUCCGUGCAUCUAGGUGAGACCGGUGUUGAGCUGCCCAAGCGAAAAAAGAGUGAGGAAGAAAUGCCUCUGUAUGAUUGUAUGCUUCUGGCGAAGCCCCAUGUAAAGAAGGAGGCGCUGUUGGACCUGGUCACUAGGGUAGGCAAGCACGUUCUCCGGAGAAAUGGGGUUAUCACCGACUUCAGGUCCUUUGGCGCUGUGCACUUGGGUUAUGGUAUUAAGAAGCUUGACGGCAGAUUUUAUAAGGGUCAACUGAUGCAGAUGACUAUGAUGGCUACACCUAACAUGAACAAGGAGCUGCAUUACCUGAACAAGGAAGAUCGGUUGCUACGCUGGCUCUUGGUUAAACACCGAGACACACAGUAUGGUUUGGACUUUCUUAGUGAAGCGGAUUCCAAAAAUGAACUCGAUCGGUUUCGUGGGAGAAGCAUAUAUGAAAUGGCCGGGAUGGAUGAGGUUGAUGAUGAAGAUGAUGAUGACGACGACGACGAUGAUGAGUACGAUGAGGACUACAAACAGGAUGAUGAAUAUGGGGUUGACCAGGAAGGAAAGCAGAUUGAUGGUUGAUGGAUGUCCAGGGGUGAUCUUCUUCUAAGAUUUCUUAUUACCGUUUGUCAUAAAGUUUUGUAGCAGCAAAAACAUUUGUGAACUAUGUUGGAUGAAAAUCGUCAUAUCAACGUUUUAGAUGUUGAGCUUUUAAUUUUUCAUGUGCGCGGUGCACCAGAAUUUGAUUUCGUUCCCUAUCUUCUGUUAAAGUCUUGCAAAUGAAGUUUAUCACU